AGAGAAACUGCAGGCCUUGCGAUUUUAAUAUAUGGCUUUUUUUUUUUUCACUGUAAACAUCUCUGGGGUCAGGAGAAAAAAAACCUGAGAGAGGCCAGUGUGAUUGUGAGCUACUAUUUCCCCCCCCCCUUUAAUUGAAACCAAAUGUUGCUCAGGUUGCAUGCUGGGAGUUCUGGCAGUCAGUCUGCAAUAGCCAGAAACUAAACUUUUCUCAAAGACAGCUUACAUCAGGCACAGUACAGUACCUCCCCGCAGACGUUUCCUUCGGAAAGUGCUCCUCCUCUGGUUUUUCCCCCUCUCUUUAUGCAGAAAACGGAUGAAAUAUCUCUUGCUGCAAAUAGACAGAAAAUUUCACCAGCUGAUGAAAAAAUGUGUCACCUCCAGAAGGCACUGGGACCCAAGGCUUAAUGGAAUACAUGGAAGUGCUUUAUAAUAGAGAAGACAGGACUAUCAGAGAUUACUGUGCAGCAGCAAGGAAACAUUGGCAUUAAAGGUGGAUGGUUCACAUAUGUGCUGACAACUACAGCCUGGAGUAGCCACUUCACCAUCUCUUUUACAGAAAUGGACGGACGGGGAAAUCUGUUAAAAAUAUGAUUUUUUCCUGCUGAUCCUAACAGUAGAGACUGUGUAUGCUUAGUGGAGUUCCAGUUCUGGAUACGGUUUUAAUGUUGCAGAAGUGCCGCAAAAUGAAAGGGAAAAGCCAAAUUCCACUCAUUUUACCCUUAUUCCUUCUAAUCCUGAUCUCAGUGGAAUCUCAGGUCAAUCCAGCUGUCUGUCGUUACCCUUUGGGUAUGUCAGGAGGACAAAUCCCUGAUGAAGAUAUUACAGCAUCCAGUCAGUGGUCAGAAUCCACAGCAGCCAAAUAUGGAAGGCUGGAUUCAGAGGGAGGUGAUGGAGCAUGGUGUCCAGAGAUGCCAGUAGAUCCCGAGGAACUCACAGAGUUUCUUCAAAUUGACCUACGUGUUCUUCAUUUUAUAACUUUGGUGGGCACCCAAGGGCGACAUGCAGGAGGACAUGGCAAUGAGUUUGCUCAGAUGUUCAAAAUCAAUUACAGUCGGGAUGGAACUCGAUGGAUUUCUUGGAGGAAUCGGCAUGGUAGACAGGUUCUGGAUGGGAAUGUCAACCCUUAUGACAUUGUCUUAAAAGACCUUGAGCCACCAAUUGUAGCUAGAUUUCUACGAUUCAUCCCAGUGACUGACCACUCAAUGAAUGUUUGCUUAAGGGUCGAGCUGUAUGGCUGUGUUUGGCUUGAUGGAUUAGUUUCAUACAAUGCUCCUUCAGGGCAACAGUUCCUUCUCCCAGAAGGUUAUGCCAUUUACCUGAAUGACACUAUAUAUGAUGGAGCAAUUGGUUACAGUAUGACCGAAGGACUUGGCCAACUGACAGAUGGUGUUGCUGGGCUCGACGACUUCACGUUGACUCAUGAGUACCACAUGUGGCCUGGGUAUGACUACGUAGGAUGGAGCAAUGAAAGCUUCAGCAAUGGUUAUGUGGAAAUCAUGUUUGAAUUUGACAGAAUAAGAAACUUCACAACCAUGAAGGUUCACUGCAACAAUAUGUUCUCCAAGGGAGUCAAAAUCUUCAAAGAGGUCCAGUGCUUCUUCCGCUCUGAUGCCAACGAGUGGGAAGCGAAUUCCAUCUCAUCCGUUUUAGUGCUGGAUGAUGCCAACCCCAGUGCUCGCUAUGUAACUGUGCAACUCCACAAUCACAUGGCAAGGGCAAUCAAGUGCCAGUACUACUUUGCUGACUCUUGGAUGAUGUUUAGUGAGAUCACCUUUCAGUCUGAUGCUGCCAUGUACAACAAUUCAAUGAGCCCUCCGCAGUCAGCUAGUGUCCCAACUACAUAUGAUCCCACUCUUAAAGUAGAUGACAGCAAUACCCGCAUUCUGAUUGGUUGCCUAGUAGCCAUUAUUUUCAUUUUGGUGGCAAUUAUUGUUAUCAUCCUCUGGAGACAAUUCUGGCAGAAGAUGCUUGAGAAGGCUUCCAGGCGGAUGCUGGAUGAGGAGCUAACUGUUAGCCUCUCCCUUCCCAGUGAUUCCAGCAUGUACAACACCAAUCGCCGCCAUGACUCUGUUUCAGCCAGUGAGCAGGAGUCAAAUUCAACUUAUGAAAGGAUAUUUCCAUUAGGUCCAGAUUACCAGGAGCCCACACGACUCAUACGAAAGUUGCCGGAAUUCACUGCCCAGACAGUAGGAGAGGAAGAAACUGCAGGUAGUUCUGCUGGAAAAUCUGCUUUGCCUGCUAGUGCUGAUGGAGUUCCUCAUUAUGCUGAGGCAGAUAUAGUAAAUUUACAGGGGGUAACAGGUGGUAACACAUAUUCUGUCCCAGCCAUCACCAUGGAUCUCCUGUCUGGUAAAGAGGUGGCAGUGGAGGAGUUUCCCAGAAAGCACCUGACCUUCAAAGAGAAACUUGGUGAAGGUCAGUUUGGAGAGGUGCAUCUUUGUGAGGCAGAAGGAGUAGAGGAAUUUCUAGACAAAGACUUAAUCCUGGAUACUAGCCCUGGUCAGCCCACACUGGUGGCAGUGAAAAUGCUAAGAGCAGAUGCCAACAAGAAUGCCAGAAAUGACUUUCUAAAAGAAAUCAAGAUAAUGUCCAGGUUAAAGGAUCCCAAUAUUAUUCGUCUGCUAGCUGUGUGUAUUGCAGAGGACCCACUGUGCAUGAUAACAGAAUAUAUGGAGAAUGGAGACCUCAACCAAUUCCUCUCCCGGCACCAGCCUGAAGGGGGACUGCCUGCUGCCACCCCUCCAAUCAGUUACACGGAUCUCAGGCACAUGGCUGCACAGAUUGCUUCUGGGAUGAAGUAUUUGUCAUCUUUAAAUUUUGUACACCGUGACCUUGCUACGCGAAAUUGCCUGGUGGGACGGAAUUACACCAUCAAAAUUGCCGAUUUUGGAAUGAGCCGUAACCUCUAUAGCGGAGAUUAUUAUCGAAUACAAGGGAGGGCUGUACUUCCGAUUCGCUGGAUGUCAUGGGAAAGCAUUUUACUGGGAAAAUUUACAACAGCAAGUGAUGUUUGGGCUUUCGCAGUGACCUUGUGGGAGACCCUUACUUUUUGUCGAGAGCAGCCAUACUCUGAGAUGUCAGAUGAGCAAGUAAUAGAGAACACAGGGGAGUUCUUCCGAGAUCAAGGAAAACAGGUUUACCUUCCUAAGCCAAAGAUUUGUCCAGAGCGUGUCUACAAACUGAUGCUGAGCUGCUGGAGGCGAGAAACCAAAGACAGACCCAGCUUUCAAGAGAUAUAUCUAAGUUUGCGGUCAGAAUCCGGUCUGCAUGAAGGACCCUUGUAAAUAAAUCCUUUGUUAUCCAUGAGGCCAUUUAUGAGUCUGUGCGAAAUGAUAAGUGGGUGAUUGACCAAAUAUAUACUUCUGAUUAAUUCAUAUAUAGAAUAAUAUUCGUCCAUUUGUAAGGUAUUGGAAGUCACUGGGGAGUUCCAAAGCUGUAAAAGUCUUAAUUGUUUUAAUAGGGAGUAUACUUGUCUUUGUAACAUAAGUACUAACUAUGGAAUAUAGUAAAUGACAUUUUUAUUUGUAAUUAGAAUAUGUUUGAGGAUAAGUAAGGUACAUUACUAGCCUGCAGCUUUUUGCCAUCAUACAGGUUAUGGAAUUAGAAGAAUGUGUACAUACGCAAGUGUUAGGGAACUCAAAGCCUACAGCUAUUUUAGUAAAGAGAAAGAGAAGUAUCUAUAGAGAACUUCUCUCCUAUGGGGAUUGUGGCAUUCAAAGCACUUUACAGUCAUCUAAGAAGCACUAUGUUGCGAUAAUGUGAAUUAUUCAGAGUCACGGAAAGUUGCAUGAUUCAAAGGCUUUAGACUGAAUUCUGAUGUUACAGAUGGUUAUUUAAUAUCUUGAACAGCAGUGUUCAGAAGUAUAAGUGACAGGCCUUAUACUUAUACUUAUGGUCAACAUCUGUUCAAGACCCCCUGAGUUUAUAUAAAGAUUACAGAGAAAUAAUUUUCAUAACAUUCACCCUGCUAUAAUUCCGUGCAUAGCCAUUGGACAGUUAAUGGAUAAUGAUUCCACUAUUCCCCAACUUCUCCAUGGACCAUCCCUUUAAGCAACCUAUUUUCCCUCUUUAUCCUUAAUUCAGUGACAGAUGGGGACAUUCCUGUCAUGGGGGUCCGUUUACUAAAGCGCGGUAAAUUUACCUAUAUGUUUCCGCAUGUUAUCUCUGUAAUAUGUUUCCGCCAAGUCUGCUAAACUGCGAUGUGAUUAGAAGUCAUUGCGAUCACUGGCGGUAACUAGUUAGCGAACUAGCUUACGUUAGCGGUAAUUUCUGCAAGUUGCAAAGUUUCUGGUGACAAAUUAAGUUUGCGAAUAUUUAUGCUAUAAAAUAGUCUUGUUUUAUGGCAUUUAUUAUGGCCAGAUAUCUGCAAAACUGCUAAACUUUAUAGAUAUUAUCAACAACACAGUAAACAGAUGUAUGCAUCAUAUAAAUCCACAUUUCAAUACAUCCAGUCACAAGACUUACCCCCUGCCAAUAGAAUCAUAAACUUCAUAAACAAGUUUCACCAAUCAAUUUGUGUGCAUCAUAUAAAUGUAGUUUAAUCUAGGCUGACGAAGCCUUUGGUCCCUCCUAGCCAUAAUUCGUCAGAGAAUUUUCUGGCGAAAAAAUUAUUUACCAACACUAUAUAGAUGGCCGUAAAAUUUAGCGAAUAUUCUGGCGUUAAUUUUGUCGUUCACACAUUUUGCUGUUUAGUAAACCAGGCAUUAAUGU